AUGAAUGGCAUUGAGCAUGUAGUGAACGGCCAAACGGCCUUCAUCGCAAACGGGGUCCCGCGUACUCCUCCCUCGGACUGGGUUGUCCAGAAAUUCGGAGGUACAAGUGUCGGCAAAUUCGCCCACCAGAUCGUGGAGCAGGUGAUCCAGCCGAGUACCCUUACAAACCAAGUUGCUGUUGUAUGCUCUGCCCGGAGUAGUUCCUCGAAGGCGGACGGUACCACUAACCGGCUCUUACGGGCAGCACGAGAAGCAGAAAACCCACAAUCUUCACAAUACAGAAACCUCGUCGACACAGUCCUAUCCGAACAUAUCAGCGUCGCAACCGACCUCAUCCAUUCCGCCGAGUUGAGAUCCCAAUUGGUCUCCGAGUUCGAUGGAGAAUGCCAACGGGUGUUGAAAAUUCUAGAAGCUGCUCAGACACUGGGAGAAGUCAGUAGCCGAUGCGUCGAUAUGGUCAUAAGUGCUGGCGAGAAGCUCAGCUGUCGUCUCAUGGCCGCAUUAUUGAACGACCGGGGAGUCGGUGCUGCGUACAUCGACUUGUCUGAUGCCAUAGACUUUGCAGCUGGCGUCCAGGCCCUGGAUCAGGAGUUCUACGACCGUCUCGCCAAACUAUUUGCUGAAAAGGUAAACGCCUAUCCUGGCAAAGUACCAGUGCUCACCGGUUACUUCGGCCUCGUUCCAGGCGGCCUGCUGGACAAGAUUGGACGUGGAUACACUGAUCUAUGCGCUGCAUUGGUAGCCGUUGGAUUAAAUGCCCAGGAAUUACAGGUCUGGAAGGAAGUGGAUGGGAUUUUUACUGCUGAUCCUAGAAAAGUUCCUACUGCGCGGCUGCUCUCUGCCAUCACCCCAGCAGAAGCCGCUGAGCUGACCUUCUACGGCUCCGAAGUCAUUCAUCCGUUCACCAUGGAGCAAGUUAUCCGUGCCAAAAUACCUAUCCGGAUCAAAAACGUCAUGAAGCCCAAAGGCAGCGGCACCAUAAUAUUCCCAGACUCACGCUCGGAACUAGAGCGAACUAACCCCGGACACGAUCCCAAGUUCUUCCGCACUCGAGGCCCUCACUUCUGGGCGCACAGUGAAGGCCCCAAACGACCAACUGCUGUGACAGCAAAGCACAAAAUUUUGGUUAUUAAUAUUCACUCUAAUAAACGAUCCCUGUCACACGGAUUUUUUGCCGGCAUUUUCUCCGUUCUUGACAAGUGGAGGUUGUCUAUCGACCUUAUCUCGACUAGUGAGGUGCACGUUUCCCUGGCUCUACACUCGGAAUUGCCUCUUCUCAAUGGUGUUGGCCGUGAUGAAUAUCAAAUCAUCGAUGAAGAUCUCCGUGGAGCAAUCCAAGACUUGCGAAGAUACGGAACGGUAGACAUCAUACCCGAGAUGGCUAUUUUGAGUCUUGUCGGACAGCAGAUGAAGAAUAUGGUUGGUGUAGCUGGUCGCAUGUUCUCCGUCCUAGGGGAACAUAACGUGAAUAUUGAAAUGAUUUCACAAGGCGCCAGCGAAAUCAACAUAUCUUGCGUGAUCGAAGAGCGAGAUGCUGACCGAGCCAUCAAUAUCCUCCACACUAAUCUCUUCACCUUUCUCGAAUAA